AUGUCUUUGCAACCCAUUGAAGAACUCCCUCCAAAGCUUCAAGAGAUCGUCAAGCUUUUUCAAUCUGUUCAAGAACCAAAAGCUAAGUAUGAGCAGUUACUUUUUUAUGGCAAGAAUUUGAAACCACUUGAUAGUGAGUUUAAAACUAGGGAGAAUAAAGUUGAAGGUUGUGUUUCUCAAGUUUGGGUUAGGGCUUAUUUGGAUUUGGAGAAGAAUGUUGUGUUUGAAGCUGAUUCUGAUUCUGUAUUAACUAAGGGUCUCGCUGCUUUGCUUGUUCAAGGGCUUUCGGGCCGGCCUGUUGAGGAGGUUUUGAGGGUUUCUCCUGAUUUUGCUGUGCUUCUUGGUUUGCAACAGAGUUUAACACCUUCUAGGAAUAAUGGGUUCUUGAAUAUGUUGAAGUUGAUGCAAAAGAAAGCACUUGAGUUGUAUAUGGAGGCUGAAAAGGGAAGUGGGAUUGUUGGAAGUUCGAAGCUUGGUGGUGGUAAUGGCGAGGUUGAGGGGAAGAUCGAAAGUUUGGGCUCAAAUGGCGAUGUUGGUGUUGAAAGUUCUGGUGACAAUUCGGUUAAGGGAUUGAGUUUUGAUGCGAAAAUUGAUGGUGGUGAGGGUUUGGGAUUGGAGGGAAGUGAAAAAGGGUCAAGUUUGGAGGGUUUAGGGAGUAGAGGAAAAAGAAUUAGGGAGAAAUUGGAGAGGGAGCUUAGUCCUAUUGAAUUGGCAGUGGAGGAUAUUUCAUAUCAGCAUGCUGGGCAUGGUGGUGUGAGAGGGAGUGAUGGGGAGACACAUUUUAAUGUGAAACUUGUGUCUAAGGAGUUUGAAGGUAAGAGCUUGGUGAAGAGGCAUAGGUUGAUUUAUAAUUUGUUGCAAGAUGAGUUGCAGAGCGGAUUACAUGCAUUGUCUAUUGUAGCGAAGACGCCGGAUGAAGUUGAUGGGAGCUGA